UACUUAUUUUAUUAAUAUAAUUUGUAGUUUGUAGUAAGUAGUUUAAUGUAGGAAUAUAUUUUAAUGCUUAUUUUAUUUUAUUGAAUAUUAUUAUUUUAUUUAUUUCUUAGUCAAAUUCUCUGUAAAUAACAUGAGGGAAAUAGUUCAUAUUCAAGUCGGGAGAUGCGGAAAUCAGAUAGGAUCAAAGUUCUGGGAAGUAAUAUCAGACGAACACGGUAUAACACCUGACGGCUGUUACUCUGGUGACUCAGAACUCCAACUUGAACGUAUUAAUGUGUAUUACAACGAGGCUGCGGGCAAUAAAUACGUGCCACGUGCUGUUUUGGUCGAUCUCGAACCUGGCACCAUGGAUUCUCUACGAGCUGAACCGUAUGGACAAAUUUUCCGUCCCGAUAAUAUUGUCUAUGGUAUGACGGGUGCAGGCAACAAUUGGGCAAAGGGACACUACACGGAAGGUGCAGAUUUGCUUGAGUCAGUUCUCGAUGUUGUCAGGAAAGAAGCUGAAGGUUGUGACUGCCUUCAGGGGUUCCAAGUUGUCCAUUCCAUAGGAGGUGGUACUGGAUCAGGUUUAGGUGCUCUACUUCUGUCUAAUCUAAGAGAAGAAUAUGCUGACAGAAUAAUUUUAACUUUUUCUGUUGUGCCGAGUCCUAAAGUUUCUGAUACGGUUGUAGAACCAUAUAACGCAACACUAUCUAUCAACCAAUUAAUUGAGAAUUCUGAUCAAUCGUUUUGUAUUGAUAACGAAGCGUUAUACGAUAUUUGCUUCAGAACUUUACGAUUGCAAACACCGACGUAUGGUGACUUGAACCAUUUAGUAUCGGCAACAAUGUCAGGCGUCACGACGUGUCUCAGGUUUCCGGGACAGUUGAAUGCAGAUUUACGCAAGUUGGCUGUUAAUAUGGUUCCAUUUCCACGAUUGCAUUUUUUCAUGCCAGGUUUUGCACCCCUCACUGCUCGCGGCAGCCAAAAAUAUCGCGCUCUCACCGUACCUGAACUCACACUACAGAUGUUUGACUCUAAAAAUAUGAUGGCAGCGUGUGACCCACGUCACGGUAGAUACCUGACUGUCGCCGCUAUUUUCCGCGGACGCAUGUCCAUGAAGGAAGUGGAUGAACAGAUGCUAAACAUCCAAAACAAAAACAAAGAUUUCUUUGUUAAAUGGAUACCACAUAACGUUAAAACUGCAGUUUGUGAUAUACCUCCUCGAGGUUUGAAGAUGUCGGCAACAUUUAUCGGCAACACGACAGCUAUUCAGGAGAUUUUUAAAAGAAUUUCAGAACAGUUCGCAUCUAUGUUUAGGAGAAAAGCAUUUAUUCAUUGGUACACUGGUGAAGGUAUGGAUGAAGCUGACUUUUCAGAUGCAGACAACAAUCUUAACGAUUUAAUUUCUGAAUAUCAACAGUACCAAGAUGCAACGAUAGAUGAUCAAGAAUUUGAAAACGAAGAAAAUGAUCGGACGCCAAGUGAAGAAAGCGUUGAGUGAUUUAUCUUAUGCCUGCAAUAAAUUAUAAAAAAAAACA